GCUCUGUCGAACUUCACCCUCUUUCGAGAGAUUCUCUUCCAAUUGCUAAACCAAACCUUGAGUUGGCCUAUCAAUAGUGAAUUGGAUUACGCCACGGACUCGGAAGAUGAGGAGAUUACUUUCAGUCACGCACGUAAGGAUCUCAUCCGCCAAAAGUCGACGCGUUGGAAGUCGACAGGUCGCAUGGGGGUACAGAUGAAGCGCACACGCCAUGAGAUCAGUCACAAGUCGGCACAGGACGAAAUGAGACGUAGUCACAGACGCCUCUGGAUGCACAUUGCCGGCAUUCUCACCUGUGGUCGUCUUCCUAAGUCCCAGAGGGCCGCUGUUGUCCGCCACAUUCGUCAGUUUGCACCUCCGCGGUCUUUACGGUUCUGCGAAGAUAGAGUUGUUACGGCUCCUGCCAUAACCAGGACCUAUCCGCCAUCUCUGCUAGAGUGGCGAGUAAACUACACGGGAACGAACAUGGCUCUCUAUCUCACCUAUCCCGAUGGCACUACUGCUAACAUACAUACAGUCUGCUUCACCAGAGCAGACGAACUUGCCAAUCAGGCCAUCAGUUUGAAAGCUAAGACAGCACGUCUGGGUCGUGGAUGGACGGUGAAUUUUUACCGCAAAGGCGGAGUGAUUGAGCCGAGCGGGCAUAGGUAUGUGAUGGAUAUGCUGAGCGCCACGGAGCUUCCUUCUGACUGGUUUGCACUCUCGGGCCUUGGUUACGACCAAAACUUCCUGGCCACCACGAUGGACCCCUCGGAGUAUGCUCUUGGUCCGCCGUUCGUUGGCACUCUCCGCGACAACGAUGCAUACAAGUCCGCGCGAAACUUUGAUCGAAGUGUACAGAUGCGUUACCCAUCUCUUGACAGACGGCGUCAUCAAAUGAAUGGGAGCGCGGCGAGACCGCCCAUCAGUAGCACCGGUGGAGAGGGCUCUUGGUCUCGAAAAGUGAGUGAUACCUUGGCGUCCUCCACCCACGGCAUGAGCGAUACUGCACAGCAACCGCAACUAACGCGUAACAUCUCGGCGGCAGCGAGAGAGGCGGGUUGGCUGCAAGCCGUGAGGAAGAUGGCUGCUAAGCGCUACGAUCCGCCGAAGCAGCGCAUGAGCAUUCGACGGAAACGCAGUGUUAAGGGUAGUGCUGGGAGCGGCGGUGGGAGUGGUGGACUCUCGAAAGUGAAGCUGCCGAGGGCGGCCAGUGUGGCAGCACUGGAUGAGGACGAAGGUGUAACAGUGCAAGCCGACGCCUCUGCACCUCCUGGUCCACCUAUUGGUUUACCUGGCGCCGCCGGCACCUUGACCGGAUACCCCCCACACGAGAUGCGCUACUUCACCUAUAAGCACGCCCGGUGGUCUCUACGUGUUCGGAAGGAGCUUAGCAAUGCCAUUAUCUUCCAGUAUUGUGAAAUUGGGUUGCAAACACUUCCAGGGUAG